AUGCCACUAUUUUCAUGGAUUUCCGUGUGUGUUCUCACAGUCCUCAUUAUUUUCCCAUCUGUCCGUCAGCUUCUUCGCUCUCUUUUCUUUCCAACAUCAAAAUCGCCGCAAGAUGACGACGGCGUCCAAGACCAAGACAAGGCCGAGAUCGAUGGAGGAACGUGGGAGCGCCUCUCCGUUUUUGAGCACGUCGAGCAGGGCCUUUUACAGAACCCUGAUGGGCCAGCGGUAGUCUGUCCGUUUCAGUCGGCCGACGCCUUGGACAAUAUCCUGGUGUCGUCGACGACAGACAAAGGGGAAAAGAGGGAACGAGAAGCGGAAGGCGACAAGCCCCUCACCAUUACCUACACACAACUCCACCUCACCGCCCUGCGCCUCGCAUGCGCUCUCUUCGCCCGCGGCGUGCAGGCCGGCGGCAGUACGCGACUGGUCAUGCUGAUCCCCAACGGCGGCGAGUAUGCCGUGCUGCUGUGGGCCUGCCUAUUGCUGCGCGUGACCUAUGUCAGCCUCGACCCGGCCCUGCUCGACGUCGACGUCUCAAACCUCACCACGCUCAAGCAGCUGCUGCGGCCGCUGCGACCGCAGAUCGUGGUCGUGCCGGAUCCGGAGCGCGGGAGGGUGGUGGAUGUGGCUAUGGCAGAACUGAGGCUGCCGCAGCCGGUGCGGGUGUGUUUGUGUUGUCAGUUGUCUCGAGAGCAUGGGCAAGACCGGCCAUUUCCGUUUCCUCCUCCGCAACCGCCGGGCGGAGCAGGGAAGAACGGGACCUGGCACUCCCUCGCAUCGCUGGUCAACAACCAGUCCGGCACCUCCGUCUCGGACGAAGACGAACAAACAACAACAACCGCGCUCGUCCGGGCCGCGCGCCAAGACCACCCCGACCGCAUACACUCCAUCAUGUUCACGUCUGGCACGUCCGGCUCGCUUCCCAAGGGCUGUCCGAUGCGCGCCGGCGGCAUGGCCCACGUGUUGCACUCCCAGCGCUGGCUCCUUGGCCGUGCCGACACCGAGGAUGACGAAGACAAUGAUAACAAAAACCACAAAACCAAAAGCCGCCCCCCCAUAGCGCUCAUGCAGCCGCACAACUCGCGCGGCAUCGCCCCAGCCCAAACCUUGCAGACGUGGAAAGCGGGCGGCGCCGUCGUGCUCACAGGCCAAACGUUUUCCGUCGCGGGUGUUGUGGAUGCGGUGCGUCGGGCGCGGGUCAGCUUUGUGGUGCUCACACCCGCCAUGGUGCACGAGAUGGCCUCCUCCUACUUAGGCCUCCCGGGGACGGUCACGGCAGUAGGUCUAGAUCUGGGAUCGGUACGGCGAGUACAGCUCGGCGGCGACGCCAUUACACGCGGCGUGCUGCGUCGGUGUACCGUGCUGUUUCCCCGCGCGCAGGUGGUGGUUAACCACGGCAUGACGGAAGGGGGUGGGGCGUUUGUCUGGCCGUUUCUGACCUCCUCCUCCUCCUCCUCUCAUUCCACCUCCUCCGCAACUGCAUCUUCCGUACCUCUAGACGGUGCCCAAGACGGUGAUGGUGUCCAGGACGGGAUCCGCUACUUUGGCGAGAUGUGUCCCGUCGGCACGGUCGCGCCGGGCUCGAGAGUGAAAAUCUGGGAUGCCCAACGGCGGCGGGUGGUGCGUCGCGGGGAACUCGGGGAGUUGCAUAUCUCGAGCCCGAGUCUGAUUCGGGGGUAUCUCGGCGGGCGCGAGUGGGAGGCCUUUUAUCGCGAUGAUGGCCGAGAUGGCCGAUGGUGGUUCAAGACGGGUGAUGUGGCCAUGGCGGAUCGGGACGGGCUGGUGUUUAUCCUGGGGAGGAAGAAGGACGUGAUGGAACGAGGCGGGGUGUUGGUAGUGCCGGCCGCGAUAGAGAGCUCGAUCGAGGCGUUUACGGGAGCGCAGACCGUCGUCGUCGCGACGCCGCAUCCCGUGCUCGGAUCUGAGCCUUUUGCCGUGCUACACUCGCUCCAACGGAAAACGGAGGCCAGCAUCAGGGCACAUGUAAAAAAAACGCUUGGUGAAAACUACGCUCUCGGGGGGUUGGUCACGCUGGAGCAGCUUGAGCUCGUCGAGUUUCCCCUGAAUGCGACCCACAAGGUCGUCAAGAGUGAGGUGCAAGCUGCUGUGCUGCGGUACUUGGAGAGAGGUCACACUGAAAAAAACGGAUACGAGAAACUCUAG